GCACUGGUGAUCUCCCGUCGUCUCCGGGACGAGGCGUUUUACCUGUGGUUUCCCAGAGUGGACACAAGUGGCAGUCUAGGCCACUCAAGGUUCAGUUCAGUAAAAAUAACCAUCUGAAACAAAAUAUACAUAAAUCUGUGAUGAAAGCGUGGUCCUGGGAACGUUAGGCCCCAUUACUUAGGUCUCCUCAAUCAGAAUUGGCAUUUUUCCCCGACCUCCAAGUGAUUUAAUUGGUUUUGAGAUGAAUUGAGCCAGAAUAUUAGUGUGAAAUCCUAAAAUCGGUGACUAUGACAAAGAUUACAGGGAUUGAAAUGAUGAACUAGUCAUCCAAUCGGAGUCUGUUUUAAUUCACCAAUCAGGUCAUUCAGUCUUUAGCCAAUGGUUUCAUUGCGCGGGACUUUUGAAAAACGCGAGACCAAUCGGAAUGUUUCUGAGUAUAUAUAAAGGCAACGCCUUUGGCCUUACUUGUCAGUUUGGCUUACUUCUUCGCUUUCCCUGAAAUGGCUCGCACGAAGCAGACGGCGCGCAAGUCGACGGGCGGCAAGGCCCCGCGCAAGCAGCUGGCCACCAAGGCGGCCCGCAAGAGCGCGCCGGCCACCGGCGGCGUCAAGAAGCCGCACCGCUACCGGCCCGGCACGGUGGCCCUGCGCGAGAUCCGCCGCUACCAGAAGUCCACCGAGCUGCUGAUCCGCAAGCUGCCGUUCCAGCGGCUGGUGCGCGAGAUCGCGCAGGACUUCAAGACCGACCUGCGCUUCCAGAGCUCGGCCGUGAUGGCGCUGCAGGAGGCGUGCGAGGCCUACCUGGUGGGGCUCUUCGAGGACACCAACCUGUGCGCCAUCCACGCCAAGCGCGUCACCAUCAUGCCCAAGGACAUCCAGCUGGCGCGCCGCAUCCGCGGGGAGCGGGCGACGCUUACUUGGCAAGUCUACUUGGAGCUGGUGUACUUGGUGACGGCCUUGGUGCCCUCGGACACGGCGUGCUUGGCCAGCUCCCCGGGCAGCAGCAGGCGCACGGCCGUCUGGAUCUCCCGGGACGUGAUGCUCUCCUUGCGGCUGCGCUUGCGCUUCUUGCCGUCCUUCUUCUGCGCCUUGGUCACCGCCUUCUUGGAGCCCUUCUUCGGGGCCGGGGCUGACUUGGCUGGCUCAGGCAUGGCGCACAAACUCCUGGUAGCCAAUCAGAAGGCCCAUCAGGUUGCUCAAUUCACGGCGCGGAAUUUGAAGAUUCGGACCAAUCAGGAGGACGUUGCCUUUAUAAAUAAGAGCCAGCGCAAAGGGACUUUCAGUUGGGCGUCUGGUGUGCAUUUUCCCGUUAUGGCUCGCACGAAGCAGACGGCGCGCAAGUCGACGGGCGGCAAGGCCCCGCGCAAGCAGCUGGCCACCAAGGCGGCCCGCAAGAGCGCGCCGGCCACCGGCGGCGUCAAGAAGCCGCACCGCUACCGGCCCGGCACGGUGGCCCUGCGCGAGAUCCGCCGCUACCAGAAGUCCACCGAGCUGCUGAUCCGCAAGCUGCCGUUCCAGCGGCUGGUGCGCGAGAUCGCGCAGGACUUCAAGACCGACCUGCGCUUCCAGAGCUCGGCCGUGAUGGCGCUGCAGGAGGCGUGCGAGGCCUACCUGGUGGGGCUCUUCGAGGACACCAACCUGUGCGCCAUCCACGCCAAGCGCGUCACCAUCAUGCCCAAGGACAUCCAGCUGGCGCGCCGCAUACGCGGGGAGCGGGCCUAAGUUCUUAACGAAGGAUCGCCGACCUUAAACCCAAAGGCUCUUUUCAGAGCCACCUCUCGUUUCAAUUUAAAGAGCUGUAUCCUGGGCAGUAAUGUCCGCGCAGUACUUCCUCUCCCAUCUCUCCCCUCCCCCCAU